AUGUUAUCCGGUUCAGGUGAAAUAACUGGUGGACAAUCGUCCGGUCGUCCGUGCGCUCUUUCGAGCGCCGAAAAAAGAAAAUUAGAUCGAAUAAUUAAAUCAAAACCAACAGCUACUGCAACAUCUCUUGCUAAUGAAACACUUGAAAAAACUGGUAAACGUGUUAGCUCUAGAACUAUCCAGCGUCAUCGACGUGAAUUAGGAUAUCGUCCUUAUCAUCAAAAAAUAACAAAAUCGCUCACGUCAACGCAAGAAGAAACCAAAACUUCUUUUGCUCAAGCACACGUCAACGAUGAUAUAAAACGAUGGUUAUUUAGCGACGAAAAGAUAUUUACAAUGAGUGACGUGGGUACUAUUGCUUGGUGUAAACCUGGUGAACCGAGACCUGUACAUGCUGUUGAUAAUAUCAAAGCACAUGCACAAUUAUGGGUUGUUAUUGGUUGGAAUUUUAAAGCUUUUAGCAGGUAUGAUGGGUUUAUGAAUUCAAAUAUUUAUCAUGAUCUUCUAUCAACAUAUGUUCAACCACAUACUUCAAAAUUAAGAAGA